GUAAUUAAAUCGUUUAAAUAUUAGUAUCAAAAUAUAGCUCUUAUCUCGUGCAAUUAAUAUCGCUUCAUUAUAAAUUUAAUACGAUUAUAUUGAUCGUAUUGAAUUAACAAUUAACAUAUUAAUAAAACGGCAUUUAAACUCUAAUUUCUGAAUUUACUGUUCAACUCGACGACGUCAUUGCGAAACUAUGCCUCACUAAUUGGUCACAAUAAUUUAUAUCGUCGAUUUCAUCGUUUAUCAUUUAAUUUGCUUGUUUAAACGAGAUUAACGCGUGGUCUUGAAUACAGCAGCUGCACCAUUGGCUUUGCAUUUCGGCUCCGGUUUUGCCGAUCGCUAAGUUCGCUGUUGGUCAACCGCGGGUCGGUCCACGUGCGGAUUCCCGUUAAUCGCGACCUUGAAAUUACGCGGCGGCAGCUGGGCAGCGCAGGUGCGACCCGAUGGCUCGCGGAUGCAUGUGUCGCACCUGCGAAACUCGAUUCUUCGCCGCCGCCGGCGCGUGGACUACCGGUCGAGACCGAGCGCACCAAAUAAUUGAUCCCCCUGUGUGUGUGUGUUCUGGCGUGUUUCGUGUUGCGCUCUUGUCGUCGCAAAUUGAUCUCGGAACACGGAUGAACGAAACCUGACAGGAUAAUGAUCCACCGUGUCAAAUAGUUGCCACGAAUUGGCCUUGUCAGGAUACUUAAUUUUGCAUGGAUACUUAACAAAAAUGUUGGUGCACUUAAAUUUUCAAGGUGCACAUUAAAAUUAGAACAAGUUGAAACUCCUUUCGUAUUCCGAGAUCGAUUCAUCGAGUAUCUUGAGGUAUGAAUAGAAGAUUAUGGAGAAUGGUUUAUAAGUAAGCGGCGCAAGUUUUAUGAAUUAAUGAAAAGAAUUAAUUAAUGAAAAGCCCACCGUCGAAGUAGCAUAAUUGUCGCUUGCCGGACAACAGGUGGUCAGGCUCGGUCCCCUUUGAUGUGGGAGUUCACCCCAGGAAUGUAAUCGAAAUGAAAUUUGAUGUCAGCCGGAAGCGCAAUCAGCAAAGAUAUCUUUGAAUAAUUAUCAACAGUUUUAAUUUCACCGUUUGCCUAAUUGCGUUCUUCCGACUGUUAACGACGUGUCGGGUUUCGAUGUUUGACUUUUUCAGGGCCAAUAAUUAAAGGUAAAGGAUCGCCGGGUGUCUAUUAUCCGGAUUGAAAAGUUUACGGACAUGUUUAAAUAAGAGCCUCGAUGUCUAUUUAAAAUCUUUUGCCUUACAACUGUUUCUCACGGUGUCUCUCUCUCUCUUUUCAGGCUCAAGCCCUGAAUGCGGCGUGCCGGACAUGACAGUCAUCAGCGAUAUCGACGAGAUCGGUAUCAAUCGGAAUCUUCAAGUCCGGUACAGUAGGGACCAGAUAUAUACGUACACGGGAUCCAUACUGGUGGCUGUGAAUCCUUACAAGGAAGUGGACUUCUACACAAACGAGUACGUGAAUCGAUACCAUGGCCAGAAGAUGGGCGCCUUGGAGCCGCACGUGUUCGCCCUGGCGGAGGCGGCGUACAAGUCCCUGCAGGACACCGUGAGCAAUCAGUCCUGCGUGAUAUCGGGCGAGAGCGGCGCCGGCAAGACCGAGACCACCAAGUUCAUCCUGCAGUACCUCUGCUCGGUCACCAGCAACGUCGACACGUGGGUGGAGCAGCAGAUCCUCGAGGCCAACACCAUCCUCGAGGCGUUCGGCAACGCGAAAACCGUGCGAAACGACAACAGCUCGCGCUUCGGCAAGUUCAUGCAGGUGUGCUUCGACAGCAAGUGGAUGAUCAAGGGAUGCAUCAUCCAGGACUACCUGCUGGAGCAGAGCCGUAUCACCUUUCAGAGCCCCGGUGAGCGCAAUUAUCACGUGUUCUACCAGCUGGUGGAGGCCGGCACGAGGGACAAGGAAUUCGCGGAGCAAUAUAAGCUGAGACCGGCCAGCCACUACAAAUAUCUCAAUCAGUCCGGCUGCGUGAAGAUCGACGGAAUUUCCGACUCCAAAAGGCUCGACUCUCUCAGGCUCGCCUUCAAUGUGCUCCAGAUCGCGCCGGAAAUGUGCGAAGGCAUCUUCCGGGUUCUGUCGGCCAUCCUGUCGCUCGGGAAUUUAAGCUUCGAGGAUGUCGACGGCGAGAGAUGCGAGUUGUCGAAGGAGGACAGGGAUAUCGUCGACACGGUCGCGCCGCUGUUGGGUCUCCAAGUGGAGGAUCUCACCAAAGUGGUGCUUAUAAGACAGAUAAACGUUCGCGGUAACAUCACGGAGAUCCCGCUGAAGGUGCAGGAGGCGCGGGAGAAUAGGCACGCGAUGGCGAAGGCGCUCUACUCCCGUACCUUCGUCUGGCUCAUCAACCACAUCAACAACUGCACGAACCCGGGCCAGGAUAUCUCGCGGUUCCUCGGGGUUCUCGAUAUCUUCGGAUUCGAGAACUUCACGCUGAACAGCUUCGAGCAGCUCUGCAUCAACUACACGAACGAGAAGCUGCACAAGUUUUUCAAUCACUACGUCUUCGCGUUGGAGCAGGAACUCUAUCACCAAGAGGAGAUCCAGUACUCCCACAUCACGUUUACUGACAACACCAUGUGCCUGGAGCUGAUCGAGAAGCCCCCGCGAUGUGUUCUUAAGUUACUCACCGAGCAGUGCCAUAUGCCGAAGGGCUCGGAUCUAGCUUACCUAACGAACCUGCACGCUGAAUUUGAGAGCCAUCCGUGCUACGUGAAGGGGGACGACCGACGGAAAUGGGAGAAGGAGUUCGGGCUCAAGCACUACGCCGGCUCCGUCACGUAUACCGUCGAAGGUUUCGUCGACAAGAAUCGGGACGUGCAGCAGGACGUGUUCUUCGACUUCAUGUCCAGGAGCACGAAUGAGUUCGUGCAGGAGAUCAGCGUCUAUCAGGAUCUACUGGGAUGCACCGUCGGUCGUGCAACCGGUGGCACGACCACCACCAUGUCCCGCGGAACGUCCAAGGGCAAGCCUACUCUCUGCGACUCGUUCCGGCACCAGUUGCAGGCCCUAGUAGACGUGCUGCAGGCGACGACGCCGUGGUACGCGCGCUGCAUCAAGCCGAACAUGGAGAAGAUGGCUAAUAACUACGACGAGAAGCUCGUUAUGGACCAGCUCAAGUAUCUUGGUAUGCUUGAUAUCAUACGCAUACGCAAGGAGGGCUUCCCGAUACACAUGUCGUUCCACGAUUUCGUUACGAGAUACCGUUGCCUGGACAAGGGCCGAUCCUCGCUGCGGUCCUGCAACGAGAAGGAGGCGGUCAAGUGUCUGAUUGGUAGACGAGGUAUACCGCAAACUGAAUGGCAGAUUGGCCGCACGAAGGUGUUCCUGCGGAGCUACGUGCACGAGCCUCUGGAAGAUUCGAGGAACCAGAUAAUAACGCGCAACGCUACAGUGAUACAGAAGAUUUGGCGAGGAUACGUUAACCGGCAAGAGUACAAGCGUAUAAGGGAGGCGACGCUAAAGGUGCAGCACGCUUACCGCGGUUGGAAGCUGCGAAUAAUGUUCAUCAGGAAACGCCGGGCAGCCGUGGUGAUCCAGAGUCACUUGCGGGGCGUGUUCGCGAGGGAAGUGGCCGCGGCUCUGCGAGAAAUGCGACGAGUCGACGAGGAAAUGAGAAAGAGGGAGCGGCUGGAGGAGGAACGAAGGAUGAUGGAGGACAAGAAGGCGUUGGAGGAGAGCCAGAGCGCGCAGUACGAUGGUAUUGCCGAGAUGGAAUCUGGGAGGGUGCAAGAAGAAAUCGACGCGCUGUCGCAGAUGGCCGAGCAGAUGAACUCGAAGAUGGCUACUACGGAUUUGCAAUCGGUGGACCUGGACAAUCUAUUCUCUUUCCUAUCCGAUGUGCAAUCAACUAAGAGCAAUCAGAUUAUCGAAGAAAUCGGGGAACAGAUGGACGAGUUGGUGGAGGACCUUGACGUAGAAUUGGAGACCGUUAUUCAACAAGAGAUGGAAUUGAAUGCCAAGGCGAAUGAGUCCAAGGUCGCUUCUCCUGUUGCCAACGGGCAGGAAGUGCAGUCACCGCAGCAGCAGCGGGUGCCAGGCGCGAAUAACUUGAGCAGCGGCAAACUCGGUCAACCGAGUCUCCCGGAACCCACGGAACCGCCACCACCGCCGCCACCCCCGGCGCAACCAUUAACUGUGAACGGCGAUUCGUCAGAUGACAACGGCGAGCCGAUUUACGAGUCAGUGCUGCCGCGGGAGUCAAACGAUCCCGAUAGCCCGGUCGUCCAUAACGGCGGCAGUCCGGGCCAGAUGAACGGUGAGACUUGCGGAUCGCCACCGCCGCCUCCGCCGGGCGGCAAAAUGACGAAAGAAAUCGCCGGUAGUCCGCCAUCCAGACCGGAGUCCAGGAGUUCCGGCCACCAUCACGCUCACCAUCACCACCACCAUCAUCAGACGAUACCCCAGGCGCAGCAGAACGGCCACGAUCAGCCGCAGCCGCAAUCGCAGGCGACGCAGCAGCUGCCGGUGGAGCGCGAGCAGCGGCGCAAGUGUCGCGUGGAGCGCAAACUGCAAGAGCUCGAGGACAAGAAGGAGCAGGAGAACGAGGCGACCUAUCACGAUAUCGUGGAGUUCGCGCAGAACUACUUCAACAGCCACGAACGUUCGCCGGAGGGCACCAUAAUGGCCACGCUUACGAGGAAGUCGCGCGGCAAGAGCAUCGAGUUUAUUCCCAAGUACGAGAUGGUCACGUACUACAAAGGGUCCAGCAUCCCGAACUCGCAUAUUCAUAUGUACGAUCCCGAUAACGUGAAUGUUGCUUGUUCCGUAUUCAGGGACUUGUGCAAGUAUAUUCGCGGCGAGAUGAAGCUGGACCAGGAGAUAACCACGAUUCAGAGUAUUAUCGCUUAUGGGAUCGAGCGGGAGGAGUUGAGGGACGAAAUCUUCGUGCAAUCCAUGCGUCAAGCGACGAACAAUCCCAACGCCGAGUGGGCAGAACGCGUAUGGCUAUUGUUGUGCCUGGCAAUCGUAGCCUUUCAACCGAGCAAGCUGCUUUACAAGUACUUCGUCUCCUUCCUGAGAAAGAAUCUUGCCCUCGAGGGCAAACUGAGGCAGUACGUGCAAUGGUGCGUGGACAACUGCAAGAAUACCAAGGUGUCUUGCAGGCAACAUCCACCGUCCACGGUGGAGAUCGCUGCCAUGAGAAGACUGGGCACUAUAGUAUGUAGGUUCUUCUUUCUGGACGGAAGAACGAAAGCGAUCGAUGUACAUCCGACCGAUACGGCCGCUGACGCCGUCGCCAAGCUGGGCGAAAAGUUGGGUCUUCGAUCGCUGGAGGGUUGGGCCAUCUAUCAAAGCAGACCGGACGGAGAGGAGCAUGUGCGAGCUCACGAUUAUCUGUACGACGUGAUCGCCGCGUGGGAAAUGAAACAAUGCAAAUUGAAUACGGCACAGUCGUCAUUCUCGACGCUGCGGCGCGGCAAUAACCCUACUUUGGGCAGCGGCGACAAUCGUUUUGUCUUCAAACGAAGAUUAUUCCGUAAUCCAAGAGAGAUCUCGCAGGACCCCGUGGAAGUUAAUAUGUUAUACGCGCAGGCAGUCUACAAUGUCGUAAAGUGUGAUGAUUUCCCAGUGUCCGAGAAAGUGGCAUUACAAUUGGCAGGAUUGCAAGCGCAAGUGUCCCUCGGUGAUCCUAAAGAUAACGACAGACUGGAUUAUUACAGCGAAGUGGACAGCUUCCUGCCCUACAGAAUCAGUCGGGCUCGCGGCGAUGAUGUUUGGGUGCCGAUUAUAGCGCAGGCACAUCGACAAUACGGCGCCGGGCGUAAAGAGCUCGCCGCCAAGGUCCUGUAUCUGUCCUGCGUGAUGCAAUAUCCGCUUUACGGCACAACGAUGUUCAACGUGACUUAUCGCGGAUAUUGGUCUUACGGCAACCAAUUGAUUCUCGGCAUCAAUUGCGACGGUCUGAUGCUAAUCAAGCCAGAUGACAAAUUCGUUCUGUCCGAGUAUCGUUACCAGGACGUCGAAAGCAUCAUGCUGGACCCGAGCGACUCGUUCAUCACAAUCUCGCUGCUGCGACACAAUCCCGACAGUUCGCACAAGUGCUUCGUUUUCGAGACCCCGCAGAAGAACGAGAUAGGCAGUCUGAUCGUCAGCUACUGCUCGGCGCUAGCGGGUUGGAUCUCGGAGAACGAAGUGCCCACGAAGAAGCUCAAGUGUAUCACUAACGAGGAUCGCAUCCGGCUCUACCACAAUCUGGUCAACUGCCGGCGAACUCUAGUCGACUCGGAGAUCCUCAGGAAACCGCAGGAUUCCGGCGGUGGUUUCCUCCGGAAUACACUCAGAAGAUUGUCGAAGCACCGGAUAGAAAAGCUUCGGCAGGAAAGUGCCGAUCACGGUGAGACUUACAAGGGUUUCCCGUAUGCUUACUGGGCGUUCAGCAGGCAGCAGAUACCGCAGAGCCUGUCGAAACUGCCCGAUCCCGACGAGCAAGUCGCUCUAAAUAUCUUCCAGUUGAUUCUGACGUACGCUGGACUCGGCCAGAACGGGGACACGGUGCGUAGGGUCGAGGACGAGCACGUGAAUCUCAUACAGACCGUAAUGGAGCGUUGCAUACGAAAGGAAAACCUACUGGGCGAGUUGUACCUCCAGCUGAUCAAGCAAACCACCGAUCACCCAGAUCCGAAUAAUCGUGUCAACCUGCGACACUGGGCAUUACUCUCGCUCGCGUGUUCCGUGAUCCUGCCGCCUCAGAAGACAAUACGCAAGUACUUGAUCGCACAUCUGAAACGAUGCGCCAGCGAUUACGUCACCGAGGAGGGCAAGUACGCGAGAUUCGCAGAAAAGUGCCUUUACAAGACUCAGGGCACUCGCAGGCGGCAGUGGCCGCCGAGUCGCGAGGAGAUUAUGUGCACCAUCAAUCGCCGGCCGAUCUACGCGAGAUUCCACUUCAUGGACGGCCAAUACCACGCCGUCGAGUUUCAUCCAUCUGCGACCGCCAGGGACGUCAUGGAGAUCAUAAAGACGAAGAUAGGACUCGAGGAGACUGCUAUGGGCUAUGCGAUUUAUGAGGUGUUGGGGCCGACCGAGCGAUCGCUGAUUCCUGAGGAGAAGAUAGCCGACGUUAUGUCCAAGUGGGAACGGUACAGGGCGGCGUCGCAACAGGGUCAGCAGACACGCAAGCAUGUGCAUCACUUUUUCCUGUUCAAGAAACAUUUGUUCUUGGAUCAAUAUAUGAACUUGGACGAUCCUGUGGAAAAGGAGUUAUUGUAUCAUCAAGUGCUGCACGACUUGCGAGCCGAUCGAUUUCCCAUCACCGAGAAAGAAGCUAUGAUGCUGACGGCUUUGCAAGCGCAGUUGGAAUUGAGCGAUUGUCUGGAAACCAUAUCGGAACACGAUUAUCGAACGAUAUCGAGUCACUGCCUGUCUGCGAGACUGGUGCCGUGCCUGUGCGUGGAUGGUGUGCGCCAGCACCAUCAAUCCCUGCGCGGAAUGACGCCGCCGGAGGCGAAGAAGGCUUUCCUAAAUCUGAUCCAGUCGUGGCCGUUGCAUCGCGCGACGAUCUUCGACGUGAUGCAGUCGUUCACCUCGAAUUGGCCGCGCGUGCUCUGGCUGGCCGUCGACCAGCAGGGCUUACAUCUUCUCGAACACCGGUCCAGGAACGCGCUAUGUACUUACGAAUAUAGCAGUAUUCUAAGUUAUACGCCCGCCGUUAAUUGCUUCAUGAUCAUUACCGGUACGGAUAAGAAGCAGAGCAAGGUCAUCCUCACCACGUCGCAGGCUCAUCAGAUAGCGAAUCUGAUCCGUGAGUACAUGGAGGUGCUUCAGUCGCCGCCGGAAAUACCGAGGCGGGACUCGACGAUGGCCCAACAGUUGGCCGCCCAACAGCAGCAGCAGCAGCAGCAACAAUAUCAGCAACCGCCUGCGAACAUGCCGACGUCCGCGGCCGGCGGAAGAAAGUCUCGGCCCGCUUCGAUGUUACAUAGAGGUGCUCCGGUGAUACAGUCACAGGCUAGUUAGAAUGGCUAGGGCGAUACCUUCACGGGCGUUAAAGUUUCCUUUCAACCUGCUACUUAUCGAGUUUACGUUGUUGGCCACCGCACGUUCCAUUACCAAGUGCCAUAAAUUCGAGAUUACGCACACGACGCCAAGUAGCGGCAGUGUCUAUUUUAUAAGGAAUAAUACGCAUGUACACGCUAUUGUUAAUUUCCGAACCGUCAUGUCCACCGCGAUGAAGCGUUCCCUCUAUGUAACUAUCUUAGCGACUUACUCCGAGAUUAAGACACGUAGAACGACGUUUAGUAUCAGGUUGUGGCGAUAAGAACGAUUUAUAUUUAAACGCGUCACGUGUUUAGUGCUAAACGCGGCUAUCUGAUCCUGAAUAUGAUCCUCGCAUGUUAGCUCCGGAUAAUGUAGUACCUAAGAGACGUCACGGAGACACCCGGAAGACAAUCGAAUCUUCAGUGUCUUUCCAAUGUCGUUCAGACUUUUGUCUCGCUCGGAGAAGCCGCGUUCAGCAAUAAACGCGACGAUUAGAUAGGAAUACGAAUAUACGGGACAAAGUCUUAAGUUAAUUAUGCUUUUUUUCGGCCGGGCCUAUCGGGGCGACGAUGGAUCGUCGGGCAAAGAUGGCACUAGAGCUUAGGGAUACUUAUUUCUUCCACUAUUUAUUGGAUUAGCUUAGAGCUCGAGAGAAAACGUCAAAGACUAGAUUUAGUCUCCGCGAAUUUAGCCGAUUUAGGGAGAUGAGUGAUAAAUAACUGCCAUUAGAAGAGUUAUUGACCGCAAGGGGGAAAGUCGCCGAGGACUUUUCCAUUUCUAUUGUGACCGUUAUCAUUGUUGCCUUUUUUACGAGCGACCACCGCCACGUUUUUUGAUAAAGGAUUUUUGCAGCACGAAAUAUAAACGCGAGAGCUAUAUACGGCGAUAUUUAGCGUUCAAGCAAUUAUUCCGUAUACAUUAAUUCCGAUCGAUAGUGUUUUAUCCCUCCGGCAUAUCAGUUAAUAUCAACUGAAGAAGAGUGAUUAAGGAGCCGCGCAAGUAUAUGCGAAGCGACCAAGAAAAAAGAAAAACUAAAAACCAAAUGCAAUCUUCCGAGCGUGAGUUAACGUUUGACUGAGCAUUACCUGUUAAUAUAUUUAUAUUAAUUCCUGUGAACACAGAUUUUAAACGCGACGAUACAGUGGCAGCCCAACACUCGAUAAUCGACACAUUAUAGAUUUGCAAUAAAGGAAUCUAUUGCGGAUUAUUUAAUGAAAAUAAUUCAUGCGCGAGAAGAAAUGCUCUGUUGAAACAUUCGCAUUUUGUGAAAUUGAAGGAUAUACCCUAGAACUUUUCGACCACCGUUGUAUUUCCUGAAACUCGAAUAUAACCGCCAGAAGAUCGUUUUCUAAGCCGAUUUAUUAACGUUUAUAUAACGAUGUGUCUUUUGCAUAAAUUAUACACAAUAAAUGAUCGAUACUAUAUAUCGAUUCACAAUAGCCGCGGAUUCAACGAUUAAGAUUUAAGAUUCUUUUAACAAGUGUACUGAACAUUAACUUUUUACUGUUAAUUCUAAUUUAUCGAUUCUUUUUAAUAUCAUAAACCGAGUAAUGAUAUUGACUUUAGAACUCAGUUGUUUCGACGUAAACGAUUUUAACAGACUUUACUCGUGUGUUUCAAUUCGCGGGAUCACAUUCUUUUUCGCAGUCAACGUGCAGAUCUCGAGUAACAAAUUGGUUGUGCGACAAAUGGUAAACGAAUCGACUGAUCUUUAUUCUCCAGACAAUCCUACCAAUAUCGUCACUUUUCUUCGUAUAAAGUUAAUCAAUUAGGAGUAAAAACAGUAUAAGCGAGAAAAUGUAUCCAUUGUAUAUCCGCGCGAUUAACGCGCUCGCAUUUGUCGGAAAAAAAAAUACGAAAUUGCGUCCAGUCGACUUUAGUUAGUUUUCUUUUUAAUCCGAGAGGUGAAAUUCGCUCGUAUGUGUAAAUACAUGAGAAACGUUCCAUCGUAUUAAGUUCUGCAAGUAUCUUCACUGGUUCAGUGGUUUCUUGUCAGAAUCCGCAGUAACAUAAGGAUGGCAAUCUUAUUAAUUUUACACAUAAUAUUCGCGAGGAAAGAUGUACUUAUAUAAGUUUUAAUAUUUACUUGUAUGUUUCAAGGAUAAGAAUUAACCGAGAAAGAUGAGAACGAACGACGAUCUCUAGUUUAAUAUUUCGCGUUGAACAAGUGUUGGUUUAAUUUAUUGUACUUGAGAUAUGAUUUCAGUAGAAUUAAUUUGGUAAUACGUGAACUCGUGCAUAAUUCAAGAAUUUGAGGAACUCGUUGGGUUUUAUAAGAACGCAAAUGUAUUCCCGAAUAUUCUCAGGAACGUCGUAGAGAAGCACUGUUUUGUCGCGAUAAAAACGCGACGGAGAUGGUUGUUUUGUUAGUUAUCGUUUCCACUUGAAGGUUUGGCGGAACCUCGACGUGUGCAGAGACAGACUGUGAUCCACUUUGGAAGUCUUUAGUCUUCGAGAGCCGUUUAAACCGAGUGAGACUAUGUUUCAUGUUAUUAUACGGUACACCCAACUCUCUUUUUUUUACGCUAUAUACAGGCGUUAAUUUUAAUUAUCUAAUAAUCUAAUAUAUCUAAUAAUAAAUUAAUGAAAACUUUUUAAUCGGACACGCGUCUGCCAAUAUAUUAUGUUAAAAACCGAGUAAUAUCCUAGACAAACUUAGAUAUUUUUCAAUUAUCGAUCUAACAACUUGGGUGUCGUCGUCAGAUUCGAUUAUCAGUCAUACGUUGCUCGUUCACCCUUAUUCUCUUCAAAUUCAGUCAUGUGAACAGUUUUCAAUGCAAAACACAACAUGCGAACGGGUUUUCCAAAUGAUUCUUCUUGUACUGCGUAAAAAGAGAGUUGGGCGUAUACGUGAUGCUUGCGUAUGUCUGGGAGUGCUCAGAGAACGCGAGGCUCAAGAGACAUCUGAGGGACGUCUGUGAAUAAUUAUUUUUCAGACACUUGGGCAACGUAGAGGGGUGUCUUGGGUGCCCAAAGAACGUCUGAAAGUUUAAAUUUCUGAAAGGAGAAAGGCUCUUAAAAUUUUCAGGCAACUCUUGGACAUCCACUCCCUCUCGGACUCUUGCCUGAAUGUCUGAGAAGUUGAAUCCCGCAAGACAUCUUAAUAUUUCAGACAUCCUUUAGAUAUACUCUGAAUGUUUCGCGUUGCGUUUUCGUGUGUAUGUGCGUGUGUGGGUGGAAGCGUGAUUAAUUAUAAGGACGAUGCGCGCGUGCAUGCAUGUUAUUUAAGUGUUGGCGCCUGCCAGCACACAUGUAGCUUCAAGCGAAGUAUAAGUUAUUGGUUGACGAUGUUAUAUUGAUAUAUAUAUGUAUGCAUAUAGACAUGCAUAUAUAUCCAACGUGUAUAUAUGUGUGUGUAUAUGGAAACAAUGACGCUGUGUGUAUAUAAAUAUAUAACUAUAUAUAGAUAUGAGAUCGCGAACGUUGCGCGUUUUAAAGUGGCCGUACAACAGGUGAGUGGAGAAUCAACGCGUGACGCCAUUGCCGUAAGUGCAAGAGACAUUUGCGCCUACAUAUUAUAUAAAAAAUAUACAUACGUAUUAUAUAUAUCAAUGAA